AUGAGGAGCGCCGUGCUAGUGGUGGCACUAGCGCUGGCGGCGGCGGCGGCGGCUGUGGCGGCGGGGCUGGUGGUGAGCUGCGCGCACGUGGCGGGCGACACGCUGGCCGCAGUGCUGGCGCCGCUGCGGCUGCCCGUCGCGUCGCUGACGGUACAGCAGCUGGAGGGCAGCGCGCCCGCCUUCGCGCCGUCGCCGCCGCUGCGCCAGCUGCACAUCUCGGGCGCCGGGCCGGGCGCGCUGCGCGACGACAGCCUGCGCGGGCUGCGGCGCUGCCUGACGGCGCUCGGCGUGAGCGGCGCGGGGCUGGCCGCCGUGCCCGUGGCGGCGCUGCGCGGGCUCGCCGCCCUGCGCUCCCUCUCGCUCGACGCCAACCUGGUGUCGGCCGUGCCCGCGCACGCCUUCCGGGGGCUGCCGCUGGCCGCGCUCAGCCUGCGCGCCAACAGGGUGCGCGCGCUGUCCGAGCACGCCUUCGCCGGCCUCGAGGAGUCGCUCGCCGAGCUGGACCUGUCGAGCAACCGGCUGCGGGCGCUGCCGCUGGCCGAGCUGGGCGGGCUGCGCGCGCUGCGCACGCUGCGCCUGGCGCGCAACGAGAUCUCGUCCGUGCCGCAGCCCAACGCGACGCGCCUCGGCGCGCUGCUGGUGCUCGACGUGGCGCACAACGAGCUGUCGACCGUCGACGCGCACGCCUUCGUCGCGACGCCGGCGCUGCGCCAGCUGUCGCUGCGCCACAACGUCGUCGACGGCGUGCACGAGGAAGCUUUCGCGCCGUUGCUCGACCUCGAAUCCGUCGACCUGAGCCACAAUCGUCUCGUCUCCCUUUCCGAGGACACCUUCCGAGACAACCGACAGCUGCGCACUGUCGACCUCAGCUACAACCACCUGCAUCACAUCGGCGACAUGUUCGCGAGUCUUCCAGAACUCAAGGAACUGUACCUGUCUGAGAACAACAUACUAAAGAUUCCUGGCGGCGCUUUCAAGGGUUCCGUGAGUUUAGAAGUAAUACACCUCCAGCGAAACGCGAUACGCCACAUCGGCGCGGACUCGAUGCGAGAAUUGCGCCACUUACUGCAGUUACGCUUGAGUGACAACUUUCUACAGACUAUUCCACACGACCUCCUCGCCAGCUGCGAAAACCUCACCAAGCUUUCCCUGGACGGAAACAGGAUAUCCGAACUGCAACGGAAAACGCUGAGCACGCUCAAAAACCUCACCGUAUUGAGACUGCACAACAAUAAAAUUGAUAAAGUGUCAAAAGACCUCUUCAAAAGUGCCGUUUCCCUAUUCGAACUAGAGCUGCAAAAUAACGAAAUCUCCGUUAUCGAAACGGCCGCAUUCAGGAACCAGAGAUAUCUGCAGCACAUAAACCUCGAGAAGAAUUACGUAGAAUCCCUGAGCGAUAUUUUUCCCCACCAGUCUUCGUCCCUAGUAUCCAUCAGACUCGGCUACAACAGACUGGCUUUCCUCCACAACAGCAGCCUCCGCGGCCAAUCUAAUACCCAGAUCGUGUCGCUUAGCCACAACAACAUCAACAGAAUCGGCAGAUUCCUCUUCAGUGACCUUAUAGUUACCGAGAAGCUGUACCUGACAAACAACAGCAUAUCCGUCAUAGAAGACAGAGCGUUCAUCCAAAUGUCGCGUCUCAAGACUCUGGACCUCAGUUUCAACAAGCUGCAGUACAUAACGAAAAACACUUUCCUCGGACUUCACGGGCUCGUCGACCUGUACCUGUCUGGGAACGCCAUAACGAAGGUAGAUUCGUUCGCACUGACGUUCCUCAACCAACUACGUGUUCUCGAUCUUACUGGCAACUCAAUUGCCGUCCUCCACGAAAAUAUGCUGCAGCAAGGUCUUCCAAUACGAAUCCUCAGCCUGAAAAAGUGCGGCAUAGUGAAAAUAGAGAGCGGUGCGUUCCGCGGACUGAACAAUCUCAACGAGCUGAACCUCGAAGGCAACAACCUGUCGGCGGCAGCCGUCGGACAACUGGACGUCCCGGGACUGCGGGUUCUGCACGCGUCUGCCAACAGCCUCGCGGGCAUCCGGUCGGGUGCUCUCUCCAGCCUGCCAUCGCUGCAAGUCCUCUCGCUGGCCAGGGCCCAGAUCGGUGACGUGCCCAGGCACCUACUGGCCACCAACGCCGACCUCGUGCGCCUCGAACUCAGUGGGAACGGACUGCACAAACUCAACAAAGAUCUGUUUAAAGGCUUAAAACGCCUGAAAGAAAUCCGCCUGCACAAGAACUCUUUCACGGAAAUUCCUUACGAAGCUCUCGCCGUCAUUUCGAGUCUCGAGGUGCUAAUAAUAUCGGAAAACCGUCUCUCGAACGUGGACAUGCGAAGAUUAAACAACCUGUACAUGUUGAAACACUUAGAUUUCAGUAAGAAUUUCAUUUCGUCUUUCGGUGGCUUCAAGUACACCAAAUUCCCCCAUCUCAUCUCUAUAGACCUCGCAAGAAACUCGCUCCUGUCGCUGCCCAGUAACUUCUUCCUGCUGUCCACUUCCCUGAGGAGGCUCGAUCUCUCUUACAACAGAUUCAAGCAGCUGCCCACUCUCGCCCUCUCCGACAAGAACUUGCCGUCUCUCGGUUGGCUCAACUUCACCGGGAAUCCACUUUACUGGGUAGGAAACAUGUCUGUGGUGCACGAUAAGUCCAACCUCCAAGAAAUACACAUCACAAGCACAAAUCUGAGUGUUGUCAGAAACCACGAGCUCAGCAGAUUCGGCAAGUUGCUCAACCUGUACCUGAAUAGGAACAACAUUACAGACAUCGCAGUGGGAGCUUUCAGGAACCUCACUGACCUGCGGAAGCUCGACCUCAGCGAGAAUCACAUCAGUAAAUGGAGCCAAGAAAUUCUGCAGGGACUCGUUUACAUUGAGAUGCUCAAUCUCUCCGGCAACCAUCUCAAGUUUAUAGAGGACGUGUUCUUAGAAAGUAAAAAUAUCAAAGUGUUAGAUUUCUCCUUCAACCAAAUAACUUACGUCGGUAAGAAGACAUUCCGCCAUCUGCAGAGACUGACUGACCUUCGCCUCAACGGCAACAAAAUUUCGACCAUAGUUGAUGACGCAUUUCGGACGUUGAGGAGUGUGCGUUUUCUCGACAUCAGUGAGAACUUGCUGAAGACAGUCCCCGUGGCGGUCCUGCAUUCUGUCGAGAGGCACGUGAAGCACAUGUCCAUAGCAGGGAACCCGCUGGACUGCGGCUGCGAGUCGCGCGAGCUGCUGCUGUGGCUGGACGAGCACCCCAAGCUGGAGAUGGCGCUGGCGGCGGAGCACGAGUGUUCGGCGCCCGCAGAAGUGUCCGGCCUGACGCUGGCCGACCCGGAGCUGCGGCGGCGCUGCGUGGCACCCACCGUGCGACACGUGUGGGCGCGGCCCGUCACCGCCACCUCGCUACUCGUCACCUGGCACAGCGACAACUCGUCGCGCUCCGCCGGCUUCCGCGUCACUCUGCGCCCCCUCGACCGCAAGGAUACCGUAAGAGCACUGCCUAAUCUAGCUCGCUUUACUGCUGGCCAACCUGCUCAAAUACGAGGUGUUCUCAUAAAGUCUGAUCUAUAG